GUGGAACGUGCCCUCCUCCUUAUCGCUGGGCCUGAUGAGACACGUGUCAGUGAAUUUGAAGUCAAUAGUAAAGGCAAGGCUGUCAAGGUCCCGCACUCUCUUAACAAGGCCUCCGGCAAGAUUAGCAGCUCUCGAAAGGCCUUUUUGGACACCAACUUCAGUGCGAUGACCAGGGGUUAUAUGAUGUCUAUCAACCACCUGCCAGAGUCAGUUCUCCGGGAUGUCUGGGGACAGGCGAAGGACAUUGCCUUGAAGAGGCGUGGUGCACACACCACUCUGGACGAGGACUCUGAGCUUGAUGAGCGCACGCUCAUCUUCACCUAG